AUGAGUUACGCAUACUCUCGCGGCGGUCCUGGUGCUGCAUCGAACCGAUCCUAUUACGAUGAGUACGAUGAAGAAGAGGAGACCCUGUUGUGGCGCGCCAGCAUUGCGGUGUACUCAUACGCUCGUCAUUCGGCUUCAGAGUCAAUUGAAGAUGUGAAAUCGCGGUUUGGCUAUGGACGACGACCACGAAAACUGAAGCCAUUCUGGCAGGAGGUCGGGUCUACUUUGAAAGCGGCUCUUUGCGUUGCGAAUUUCCUGGCCGCCAUCUGGAUUUUCACACUGUGGUGGGGUGAGAGGACGGUUUUCCAAGAAACCAUUUCACAAUGUUAUUGGGAUUCAUGGGAGAAAUGGCCCGAAAACGCGACACCACACCAUAUCGUGUUCAUAGCCGAUCCUCAGCUCGUUGACCCUCAUACAUAUCCCGGUCGACCGUGGCCCUUGUCCACCUUGACGGUGAAAUUCACAGAUCAGUAUAUGAGAAGAGCGUUUUCUUUGAUUGAGCGACAACUUGUGCCCGACUCAGUCCUGUUUUUGGGGGAUCUUUUCGACGGCGGCAGAGAAUGGUCGACUGCUACAAGUACGAGCCCGGAGGAGCAAUACAGGAAGUACGGCGAUAAAUUUUGGAUCAAAGAAUAUAAUCGAUUUUCCAAAAUAUUCUUCCGCCAAUGGAACCAACCACCUGUUCAUUCCGCAGGGGAAGCUCGAGGCCGAAAACUUAUAGCUAGUUUGCCAGGAAACCAUGAUCUAGGAUUUGGGAGCGGAGUCCAAGAUGCUGUCCGUCGGCGCUUCCAGGCAUAUUUUGGCCAAGGUAAUCGUGUUGAUAUCCUCGGGAACCAUACGUUCGUUUCGAUCGACACUGUUUCAUUAUCUGCCAUGGACCAACCCGACCCAAAGACUGGUAGCAGCGGCAUUGGAGCAGGCGAUGGGCAUCUACCAAACGAGGAGAUCUGGAGCCCGACUGAAAAUUGGCUCAGAGAAGUUAAAGACAUGAAAGCACGAGUGGAAACUGAAGAGCUCCGUCUUCAACGCAACCAAAGCGAAGGAUUUAAAUUCAAGUCGGGCAUACAAGGGGGUUCGACAGACACUAUCAUCCAAAAGGCUGAAAUUGAGUCACAGGGGUUUCCAACCGUCUUGCUUACGCAUGUACCUCUAUACCGGAAGCCCGCAACACCCUGCGGUCCUUUGCGCGAGCGCUUUCCUCCAUCGUCCACAGAUCCUAUACCUGAACAGGACGAGCGGAAUGCACUCAAGAUUAAUGGCGGUUAUCAAUACCAAAAUGUUCUCACCCCGACUAUCUCUAAUGAAAUAGUCUCUAAGAUUGGCUCUGAUAUAAGCCACGUCUAUUCAGGAGAUGACCACGAUUAUUGUGAAAUUGUACAUAGGGAAUUCAGUGGCUCCCCGAAAGAAAUUACCGUGAAAAGCUUAUCCUGGGCAAUGGGGGUAAGACAUCCUGGUUUUGUUAUGACAACACUAUGGAACCCAAUCGAUUUGAAUACGGGCAAGUCUCUUGAUAAUGCACCAACGGCAACCAUCCAAAAUCAUCUCUGUCUCCUCCCCGACCAGCUCGGCGUCUUUAUCCGCUACGCGCUAGUUUUCUGCCUCACUAUCGCUGUUCUAUUUGUUCGAGCCGUGGUCAUGGUCUUCCUUUCGUUUGGAAAGUCACCAGAAUACGAGCCAACCCUGCCUUUUACUGAGCAAGACCACUUGCACAUGCGUUCGGGAAGCCGUAGCGCAGUUCCUCCAUCUCUCAGCGUCACAAGCGCUACAUCCGGAGGAGAUGCUCGAUUAUCUAAUCGCAAUUCAGCCCGCGACCUUGCUGCUCUAGACUCAACCAAAAGUCAUCACAUCGACGAGGAUGUGUAUAGCAGUACACAACGAUACGACGAGUUGAAAAACGGAAAUCUGCAUGAUGAUGACGACAAAUGGAAGAGCAAGGUGUCUCUUAAACGUCAAUCGGGGCGUGGUUGUACUGGCCCUGCAUCAACUACAAGCAUCUUCACGCGAGAGCUAAAGAGCAGUAUCAAACAUGUCGCUUUUAUUGUUUUUCCUUUUUAUUUCUGGCUCAUUUUUAGGUGGUGA